AUGCAAAGUAUUGGUGUUAGAGGUAUUUUAAAAUGUGGUAAUGAACCAGCAUCUAAUGUUCAUGUUAAAUUAAUUGAUGAAGAUCGUGGUCCAGAUUCUGAUGAUCUUCUUGAUUCAUCAUACACUGAUCAUGAUGGAAAAUUUCAGUUGAGUGGACAUGCUUAUGAAUUAACAAAUAUUGAUGUUGAAUUGCAUAUACUUCAUGAUUGUAAUAAUAAUGGAAAAACAUGUCAAAGAGAAUGGUUAAUUCGUAUACCAGAAAAGUAUAUAUCACAAGAUAGAGAACCUAAAAAAUUUAUAAAUUUAGGAACAUUAAAUCUUGAAGUUGAAUUAGAACAAGAAGACAAAGAAUGCAAAUAA